AUGAGAAACCUCAGUUUGCUCGCUUCUCUCCUUGGCCUUGCCGUGGCCUCAUCUGCUGUCAAUGUCGUCGACAGAAGCCCUCAGGCUGGGUCUGACCCUGACGAUCUGAUGAUCUUUGUUUGUGAUGACGGGCUCGACGAAAUAUGCACCAAUAUGUGCUACGGAGCUUACUGCGCCGGCAUCGGCUCAGGGUUGACAUAUGACAAACCCGACUCGUCCACCAAGCGCAACCGUCGCAAGGCUGCCGGAUGUAUCGCGUCCGGCGGCAACCGCUGCUCGACCAAAAAGGGCUACGAUUCCGGCUACCAGUGCGACGAGUAUCCUUUUGCGUCGUCGACUCCCAACAAUGGCGAAACCACACGCCUAAACCGCUGCGUACCGGCGGCCCAGAACCGUAAGCAAGGAGGCAUCAUCAGCGCCUUUUACAAGAGCAGCUACUGCACCGGCAACAAUGGUGGCAAGUGCACCUUUUCCGUCGAGUUCUCCAACGCCGGCAAUGUAAAGUACUGCGACAUGCAAAACUGCGGCGAUGACGAUGACAACGAGGUCAUUGGUCCCGGUGGCACGGCCAAUGACGGCGACUCGGCCGAGGACGGUACCGAUGACGAUCCAGAUGCCGGCCAGAAGAAGAAGAGAACUAUUCCGAAGCGCAACGGUCUGGGCAAGAGGAGCCCCGGCGCCCCGGUUUACCGCACGAGCUCGGGUCUGGAGCUAGAUCUGCCCCGAGGCGCGCAGAUUGGCCAGCGUGCUUUUGUCGUGCUGCCGCGCAAUGCCACGCUGUGGGAUGAACAGGCCCAGUUUGGCAAUCCCAACCAGAUGAGAGAGCUGCACGGUGAUGAAGACGAGGACGAGGAGGACUAUGAAUACAUGCUGGCCAACUUGGAGAUUCGGGAGGACACAAUUGUUGAAGAAAUACUCCCAGCCGCCUAA